AAGAUGGCUUCCUCGGUUGCUACGUUGUCUACGUUCGGUUAAACUUCAAUAAUGCAAUCACUUAACCUUUUUUCAUGGAUUUGCCUUGUACUUUUUACGAGGUAUCUCUGCCUUGGAUUUUCCGGUGUGACCAGGAAUAUUAGCGAGUUGUUGACUUCCAAAGAUGCACUCGAAAAUCGUUUGAAAGAUUCCGGAGCUGAAUGGCCAUUUUGUGUUUUUUACAGAGAUCCGAAGAUUCCUCCAUCCAAGCUUGAGCAAAGCUUUUUAGAGUUUUUGAAUAGUUUAGCACAUGAUAAUCCUUACAAAGAAUGGAGCACUGUAGCAUUCAACCUUGACAAGGGAAUGUUAUCAUGGGAAGGCCACCCAGGUAUGGUUCCUCUUCUGCAGUGCUACAUUGGAACAGCUUCUUCACCAUUGAGUUACCCAUCACCUGACAGACCCCAUAAAACAACCAGCUCAUUGAGAAAAUGGUUUGAAACUUUGAGGAGGAUGUUUUCCAAAAGACUGUCACCAUUCACUACAAAUCACCUAUCUCAGGAAGUUGGUAGUCAUAAAGGUUACACUUUAGUGGGAAUUCCUGGUCAGUUUUAUCACCAACAAAUAGAAAACACAUUUAAAAAGUUGGCUAAGAUUUGGGAGGAAAGGAUACAAGUGUUUGUUGUUAUUCCAUCCUCAGAUGUUGAGGAGUAUGUGAUUGAGGCAUACAACAUCAGUAAGGUUCCUGCCAUUAUAGUGUUCAACUCUCAAGAGUGGAAAGAAAAAGAAAAGUCUUCAUUAGUUUUACAAAGUGUUCUUGAAGUAGAAGAGAGAAGACUUCAAGUUAUGCUGGUCACCCUACACAGCCAAGCUUACCAAUUGAAUCUGGAUAAUUUCUUUGAUGAAGUGUUGGAGACAAAACAUCCACAGCUGCCCAUAGUGGUGUGUUUUUAUUCUCCAAGAAGCCCACGAACCCUUAAUUACUUGGAUGCUUUUCAUCGAUCAUAUGACACAUUCACAAAAAUGAAACUCCCUGUGCGAUUUGCAAUGCUCAACAUCAUGAGUUACCCAGAAGUGAUAGCAAGAUACGUGAUUGCGUCAGAUGUGUACGCUGUCCCUUUUACCAUCGUUUUCUGGCAGGAAAGAGAAUCAACUUCACAGAGGUUUAUAAUUAAACAACAAUUAUAUGACAAAGAUGUUCCCACUCCACUACUUCUUUAUGAAUUUCUGCAAACAUUGCCAGUUGUUGUGCUUCCCACCGCGCCAGAUGAUGAUGAUGAUGAUGUUGAUGAAGUCUUUAAUCCAUGGAAGGAAAGUGAUGACGCUAAGAAAGUUUGCAACCUUGAUAUAUCAGAAGACAAGUGUGUCGAAGGAGAUAACAGCACUGUUACAGAUUUUGAGCACAAUAACGUUAUGUUUGGACCUCCUUUACCUCCACCUUCCUGGCAGACAAAGGCACAAGUUCAGAAGAAACAACAAAAAAAGCUUCAGUUUCAUUACGUGAAUGAUAAAACCUGGUCUUCUCUGGUUGAGCAAUCCGUUGGUCCAGUCAAGUCGUACACUGCCGCAGCUUUUCCAAUCAUGCAAACUUCUCGUCUGUUUUCUGUAUCUUUGAUUGUGUUUCUUCAAGAGAGCUGCAGCUACUGCAAUCAGGUUUUACCAACAAUUGAACGAAUAUCAUCGGACGCCAAGUAUUUAGGGGCGUCUGUGUUUGUACACAACUGUUCAACAGACCCUCUAACGUGUCAGCGGUAUGGCGUCACAGGCUUCCCAACGCUCACAGCUUUCCGCAGUCUGAGCUGGUCUGCAGUCGAGAGUUGUUCAAGUUCUCAUUCAACUUACAUCAGGCUGGACUACCACGGACCGAUAAUAGCAAAACUUGUACUAGAGUGGUUAUCCAACGUUAGUCAGCCGGCUGUGGAUAGAAGAUAUUUAUUCGACUCUAUUCCUGAAAUGGAUAUGGACGUCAGGUUGAUUGGCACGCUAUACACACGGACUCUUGCUCGCCGCUAUCUUGCCACAACUCUUGCCAACAAGUGGUACCCUUUUCACUGUUUUCAACUGGUUUGUGAGCUUCUGUAUGGUCGCGUACCUUGCUUUGCGAUUUACACCAGAGAUGUUGUUGAUGAUGGAAGUAAAACGAAAGCAAAAGAUCAAGAUCUUGUGCUAUCAAAGCUUGAGCUUCAAAGAAGCGAUGGUGUUAGAGUAAAAGUUUUUCAGUUGGGUCAAAAUGUGGAAUCUUUGAUCAACAAUCAAAGGGACACCAGACUGCACAUGUUUCACGACACUCACAGAUACGAAAUGCCCAAGAACUUCAAAUGUGAAUACAACCACAAAAUAUGCACAGAUAUUGCUUUGCGCUUUGUUCAAGAUCACCGAAGACUUCCAGUUCUUCAUAUGACCUCAGCUGCAUUUCACACCAAGUUGGGAUCUGAAGAGAAUGCGAACUUCGAACCUUAUGCACACAACUUGCCCAUACUGUUCGCACUGGCACACAAGAACAACGUAUCGAAAGACAGCUCGUUUUAUAAGGAGCUCCUAGAAUCAGCUUACACAUUGUACAAUGAAAUGGUGUUUGUGACUUUGGAUAUAGACGAGUUUGCGCACUGGGCGAGUCGUUUUGUACCUCGAGAUUACCAUGCCAAGCAUGCUUUUGGAAGACAAGCUGAGAACGUCCCCCCCUUGUACCACUAUCCUCGGCUAUGUAUCAUUCAACACGACGAUCAUCAACAUGCCGCUUUUUAUCCUCCUAUCGAAGAGCUACAUGGUAUGGGGACUAGAAUCCAGGCGCGGCUCAAUCAGAUAACUUCCCAGCAGAUUAUAAAGUUUGCUCAGGAUUACCUAAAGGAUCCUUCGGCGUUAAUUGUAAAAACAGAAUAUUUUUAAAUUUAAUUGAUAUAGGACGAUUUUGAAAUACAGUAGAACUUCUUUUUAUAACACCUCUUUCAGGGGCAUCCCUAUUCAAGGAAAAGAACCUGUGGUCCCGAUUGUAAAAAUGUUCUCAUAGCUUUAGAAAGAGACAUCUUAAAUUCAGGGAACUCUUUUUGUAGUACCAAGGGUGCCCCCCUGAAUUGAGAUUAUUCAGUAUAUGUUAACUCUCUGCAGGGGAUUUUUUUAUAGUCCUAGGGGUGCCCCUGAAAGUAGGUGCCACUUUAGCCUCAGUUAAAUUAUAAUGGCUAGGUUAUAAAAGUAUUGCUGAAACUUUACUCCUCUUCUGUGUAGUUUCAAUCUCAUGUACUUUCUUUAGGCAAUAUUCAAAGGACAUUUUUUUGCGCAAAGCACACGCAAUGUAAAUAACCAAACAAUUCUGCUACUCCUUGUGAAACAAGAUAUUUAUUUUUAUACGUAUUUAUUCAAGACGUAGCUUUAGUGGUUCAUAAUUUUUUUACUCUGUAUCAAAUUA